AGUGGUGGGUCUAGCUGGUGGGGAACAUGGAGCUCUGCCACAGAAUUAUUAUCUACUGUUCGAAACAAGGUACGUGCGUGUCGUAUUAAAUUUGUUUGUGACGUUUUUUGUCGAAAUUGGAACAAUUUAUCUGUGUAUUCGCCUCUUAAAGGUGAAAUUUUAAAGAGUUAUCGAUCUUCCAUAAUCAGAGCUUUCAACUUCAUCAAAAUUGAAUUAAUGAAAACUUAAAUUCCUCUGUGGAUGUGUUCACAUUGGCUGAAUUGAGUUUAACAUAUUGAAGAUGUAUAUUGGCGAUUAAAGAGUAGUAACAUUUGAGGUGGUUGCUGUUGUGGGAAAUGGUUUGACCAUGAAAUGUUUAAGGAAAGCAUCUACUUAAUAGCCCGACAUAGAGACCCAGUGAGAGAAAUCCACGUGAAACGAGGAGGGUAAUAAUAUGUGCAGAUUGGCAGAUUUGGUCUUUCAAAAGCUUGUGGAUUUUGCCCCCGCCCCGACUCCUACUAAAACGCAGGGUGGAUUCACUGAUUUGAAAAAUAUUCUGAAUCAUGCUUGCAUAGGAAAUAGUAGUCAAAAAGGUCCUUACACGAAUGGAUUUUGAUCCAUGUAUGUUUUUUUUUAAAUUGGAAGCAUUAAAUAUAUACAAGGUUUUGCAUGUUUUGAUAAAAUUGUGUGGUUUGGGUAUCUGCACCCUCAGUCAGAAGGCCUAUUUUUCUGGUUUGGAAGAGUUGACUAUAGAUUGUUUCAUUGGAAUGGGAGUCAGCAUAACUGUAUAGCAUAGACUUUUACAUUUCCCUUUGGCCAAGCAGGAAAAGUGAGAGUUUAUGCUAAGGACUCGAGGGUGCCCCUCUGUUCUCUAAUCUUUUUUUUUCCCUAUUUGCCUUUGCAUGACCCUCUCCACAACCCUUUCCAUGACUCCCCCCCCCCUUCCACCACCUUUUCAUGCCAUAGCUAAAGGAAAAGGUAGAGGGCUGCUCCAUAGGCUACAUAAUAAAGAAAAACAUACAUAAAUACACACAGUCAUGGAAUUUUUACUAGUUUUUCAGUAGUAUGGAUACCAAUUUGAAUGAAAGCAAUGUUGGAUCUUCUGACAUAGGAUUUGUAAAUGCAUAAUCACUUUCCCUUCCAUCCCCUCCUUCCCCCUACGCCUAACCCUUAUAAGGAUUAAUUUUAUUUUCACAAAGUCUUUUUUAAUGGGCUCUCAAUUCUAACCUAGAAAGUUGAUAUGUUCAAACAAUGAUUUAAUCUUGAGGUGAUUGCUAAUUACUUAAAUGAAAGCUAUUGAUUGAAAAGCUCUUUGUUUUUCUUUAACAGUCUGCAGAGGCUAUGACAAUGGUGAAACAAGAUCUCGCUGAGUUUGUCAGCACUGUUCAGCAUGACACAUCAGCUGUGGUGGCUGAUACAGCUAAUGCUGUUAAAGAAAGUCUCAAGGUACUAGCAUAUUAAUUAAAAAACUUUAAUGUCCAUUUCAUCUAAUGUACUGGUCAGUGCAAGAGGGGGAAGGGAGGAAUUCUGUUAUCUAGCUGAAAGAGCCUUGUGUCCCCAAACUGAGUAUAGUUUUUCAGAUCUUGAAACUUAAACAGGGUAUACAAUUUCACUAUUUAUAGCCUCUGAAACAGUGGCUCUCUUGACGUAGUGGGGUGUGAACCUGGAGGAUGUACAAUCCACAUGUGUGAUAGUAUUGUUUUGAAAUCUAAUUGGAUGAGUAUUCUAAAUGUGGUUAGAUCUCACAAUUGUUCUAUCCAGGAAAACUAAAAGAUGUCUCCAUUGUGAAUGAUUGAGUAUUAAAUACUUUUCUCAAGAAGGGAGCUUUCCUGAUGAACUUACUCAGGAGUGAGUUAUUCAAAAUAGUAGGCAAACACACACAUAAAUAACUCAGAAUGGUUCUUUUAUGUCUUCUUUUCAUACUUGAUGACCAGGUAGAUGAAGAGGAAGAACAAGAUGGCACUUCAGCUCGUUUAAAACAAGGUAUAAAUUUUAAAAAAUAACUGUUACUGCACUUUUAAAGCAUUACAGGAAUUUUUUUGUGUUUACAUUCUUUCAACCAAACACACCUAUGACCUAUGAGAAGGUCUCAGUUAUUUUGUAGCAUUUGUUAGAAUAACAUAGAUCAGCGGUUAGUAUGAUUGCCAAAACACUGAUUUCAAUUCACUCACCCUUCAGGUGUGUCCAAAUUUCUUGGAUCCCUGUCUACCAGCUUGAGAGACAACAUCUCUCACGUUGCCACUGCAGCAGUAGCAGUCACAUCUGAUGGUCCUGAGCCAGUUUUCGACAAAAAGCAGGUAGAGCAAGUUUACGAUUGAAAUAAUUAUCCUCUAUGAGCAAAGUCAUUAUGCUGUACAUGUCAAAUUUCAUUUUUUUCAGCUCAUUGUUGUCAUUUUAUUUCAAAGGCACGCCUUCAUGAAAUUCAAACAGACCCAGCUACAUUUUGCUCAGAACCAAAUGGUAUGUACCAGAGAGAAAAGAUAUAAUUGUUUUUCUUGCAACCUUCCUGUUCAGUAAAGAAAUUUGGUAAGAAGAGUAUUUCAUAGAAUCUGGUCAACCUCUGUAGAAACAUAUGUGUUAUUGACCAAGCAUGAAGUCAAUAUGGGUGGAUAUUGGCUGAGUUCUUUUUUGCCUUUUUUAUGGACUGAGACCAUGGGGGGGGGGGUCCACAAAAAUGCAAAAAGAGAUUGGUCAAUGAAGGAUUUAUUAUAUAGCAAAAGAUUUUGCUGUAAUAACAAUCAAAAAUGGCUUGUUUAUUUCAAGAGCUAGGAAUGAAAGCCAACUGUGUUCGUAGCACUUGACUUCCUUCUUCUGCUUUUUGCAACUUCAUCAACAAUAUUUUCCAAAAGUAACGCACUUUGUGAGUCUGCCCAACACACUUUUUUGUUGCUUGGGAUAAAGUCCUAGGUGGGCAAGAUAUGCCCAUCUUGUUUGCUUGGGUAGCUAAUCAGAACACAGGAUUCACUUCAUAUUGCCCUCAGGCUCAGCCAGCUAUAUAAAAGAACACAGACAUAUGCCAGGUAGUAAAUGAAAUGGUUCAGCUUUUGUUCUGAAUCCUUUAAAUUUUAAAAGAACCUAAUUUAUUUUUAACAUUCUCUUUUAAUUACUAACACAGUAGAACUAAAGUUAUUUGGGAAAAUGUUCAUUUAGUCACAAUAUUAGCAAGCUUUAAAAUGGAAAACAAAACACAAAAUACAAACAAAAAAACACAAGAAACUUUAAAAAUUAUGAGUUCCCUGUGCUAGGAUUAGAACUUCAGUUGGGACUGCUUUUGCAUGGUUGGAUGCUCUUCCUACUGAGCUGAAGAAAAUGGACUGCUAUCUAGAUUAAUCGAAUUUUAAUUGAAGUUUUUUUUCAUUUUACAACUAGUUGUAGGGUUUCUUUGCUUGAUUUUCUUUCAAACCUACAGUCAUUGGAGACUCUAAACCUUCUUUAAAAUCUUGAUUUACAUAAAUGUGAAGUUGAAAAAAUUACAUUAUUAUUUCAUCAGGUCAUUUGGGGAUGUUUGAAGAAUGGUGUAAAACAUUUGACCCUGAUGAACACAAAGGAGAAAUCUCUGAGCUGCUGGUCAAUGUCCCAGAGAUCAGGGCGCUGUAUGCUAAGUUGGUAUGUGAGAUUUUUUUAAAUUGAGAUCCUGAAAAUGUAAAUGAUGAAUAAACAAAUCAAUAAUUGAUCAAAUAAAUAAAUAAAUAAAUGAGUAAUCAAAUUAACAAUAAAUUUAGGGCAGAAAUAGAUUGGCAAACAAAUAGAUAAAUUGGUAAACAACUUUCUAUCUAAUGGAAGAUGGAGGACUGAUUUUAUGGGUUCAUUAAUAGGAAUGGAUGAAAUUGGAGUUAUGUAACUCCUGUCAUUGGUGGAAUGAUGUACACAGUAUUCAGGUUUUGCUGGUGAACAAAAUGGGAAUGGUACCUUGGGAUUGGGAGACACUUGGACAUGCCAGAUAAAAAUAUUGGUUUUAACAUGUUAAAAGUCAAUUAAGUCUAAACAACAAAGUUAAGUUUCUUGCAUACUAAACCAAUACAAAUACUAUUAAAACCUUGAAAAAAGCAUUGAUUUCCUAACUACAACCUUUAUACCCAAACAAUCAUCAGGAGAAAUUUGUUCUAUCCUCUCAGAGUUCAAUUUCCUAUUGAAAAUUUUCUUCCUCUCCAGGUGCCAAGUGCUGUCACCCAUGUUCUUUUUUGGCAAAGGUAUUUCUACAAAGUACAUCAACUUCAGCAGGUAUGGUUCUUACUAUUUGAAGUGGGAAUAUGUUACUUAAUAGAAGUGUUAUGCAACUCAUGUAACAUUGCUUUGGUUUUAUGAAAUAAGACAUCCAAACUUAUGCUGGAAUGGAAACUGGUUUUGUGCAUGAAAAAAACUGUCACUGGCUGGUGAAUUCUCUGACUAAUUGCUGUACAAGGUCUCACCUUGAAACUGGAAUGGCAAGCUUUUAUGCUUGCUUGUUCUCAAAAUGGUGAGAUAGAUUUUGUCUGGGUUUUUCACACGCGAAAGCUCUUGUAUUCAAUGCUUUUGUGUGCUGUCAACACCAGAAACAUGCAUUGUCUUACACCCUUUAACCCCUAAGAGUGACCAACAUUUAAUUUCUCCCUACAUUAUCAGCCCUGAAUCAAACGUGAAGGUCAUGAGAAUGAAGGAAAUGAUCAACAAAUAGAGAAGCUUUUGAUUGUUAAACAAGUUCUCCUUGUCAGCACCUUAGGAAAUGUUUAAAGAACACUUCGAUGUUCGUGUGUAAAGGGUUAACCCUUUUACCAUCAAUGUCCAAAGAUCAAUUCACAACUCUGUCUGUUAUGGAUGUUGUAUAAUGUUUAGCUCUAAGUAUUUUGGUGUUAUCUCAAACAAUAUCCCUUUUUUACAUGUUUCUUUCUUUUCAACACCUUUUUUAUAUGAAAUGUGUCAAUGUUUCCAGUAUAAGGAGAAAUUCCAUAACUGUACCUGUCAAAAUAUUUUAUAUAUUGUCUAUCAGGAAGAAAAGAAGAGAGCUGCUCUUGUUGCAAGGGCAAACCAAGCAGAUGAUGAAGAUCUAGGUUGGGGAGAUGAAGAUGAAGGUAUUUUAUCAAUUUUUUUUUUCCUUGUUUGUAUUUUAAGUUUUAGCCACACCUACACCUUUCAUUUCUUAUAGUGAUUGUUUUCAUUCUGCGUAACUGAAAUCAAACACAUCAAUUUGGUUUUGAAGCAAUUAUCAAAGCAAUUAUCAAAGCAUUUGUUGUUGUAAUUUGGUUCUUGAGACUUUCUUGACUUAGGCUAAUUGAGCUCUCACCUUGAAACCAGAAUACCAAGCUGAUAUGUUUGUGUUUGUUCUCAAACUGGUGAGAUAGAGUAUUUCUGGGCUUUUCACAUGCUUAACUUUUGUUCAUUUUGUGUUCAUGUGUGUAGUAAACACCAGAAACAUGAUUGCUUACAAAAUAUAUUAUGUACACUGUUUUGCACUUGAGAUAAGGUCAGUGAAUUUUAUUGUUAAGUUUUCUCUAGAUUAUUUUUAUAGGUUGCUUAAAAAUUUCAGUUACCAAAAACCCGCAGAUAAGCCGCACCCGCAGAUAGGCCGCACCCGCAGAUAGGCCGCACCCGCAGAUAAGCCGCACCCUGAAUUUAACAGCUAAAAUUUUGGAAAAAAAGUUUUUUGGAAGAAAUCAAAAGAAAUCCAAAGUCGAGUCUUAAGAAGUCUUCUUCAUCCACUGUUCAUCGCACAUAAACUCACUAUUAACAUUGCAACGGAAAAUACUUCAAAGUCUUACCCACAAUUUUACCACUUUAAUAUAAUGAACAUCGUUUCUACCAACUUUGACAUAUGAUUGAUCUUUUUCUGGUAUUUGUUGACAGGAAUUUCUUCAUUCAACACAGUUUUUCCAUAGAUUUUUGCAUUACAACAAGAACGUGCAUGGAACAUUCGAAGCUUAGUCGUAGAUAAGCCGCACCCCCAAUUUUUGGCGAUGAUUUUUGAAAAAAAGGAGCGGCUUAUCUGCGGUUUUUACGUCAGCUAACUUGUAUGAGGAUGGGGGAGUAGGAGGGGUAGGGGAAGGCAGAUACUGUCUACCCACCCCACCCACCGUAUUCAAGCCCCACUCCACAACGUGCGCCUCAAUAUUACUAACUCCAUCUUGGAAAAUGUUGUUUCUCAUCUCAGAUUACAGUUUUAUUUCUUUUUAGAUUUGUGGGAUUUAGAUGAGCCCCCAGUGGAAAUUCAACCCACAACUAAACCUGAACGCAACAGAUACCCCCUCCCUGAUGAAAAUCCUUUAAGAAAUGCGACACAAGAACCUGCGAAGGCUGAGAAGUCCGGUGAAAUAACAGCUAAUAGCAAAGAGCAAAUGAACCUGUCUGGUGCUGUAGUGAAGGAACAAGAGGGAAUUGUUACCACGUCCUCGCCUCGAAGUGAGAAACUGAGUGAAGAGAAAAGUUUAGGGCUGGAGGUUAAACAAAGGCCACAAGAAAUUGCUAUUCACAAAUCAGAGGAAGUACCUUCACAAAAAACUGAACAGACUGAACCAACUCAACCAAAUAAUCAAGAUAUAUCUAACGAUCAACACGAACUGGCUUCUUCAGAGCCGUCAGGAGCACAGCCUGAAGGUAUAGCAAACGGCAAAACAGCUGAUGAUGCGCGUCAAACAACUUUACACAAACGUGAUAACAGCAGCGGCUCUGGUGACAGUUCGUGGUCAAAAAUUAGUUAUGAAGACCUUAAGACUGAUGGAGAUAAAGGAGGUACAUGUAAUAACCUGUUACUUAUGAUCAUAAGAAAAGGCACUGUUUUGAUUCAAGAAUUAAUUCCAUGUCAUGUCACCCAUUUUUACAUUACACUGCCUUGGGGAUACGGUGCUCGCGUUUAACAAGCGUUGAGACUGAAAAAGGUCGAGAGCAACUGCCCAUUUUUUUCCUUAACAUUGCUUUGUGCUCAUGGAAAAGUGUGGAAAGUUUUCUGCAUAAUAUUUUAGAAAGUGUGAAAUUAAGAUAAAGUCUGGGAAAAAUGGAAAGAUAGAAAGAUAGUUUUAAAACUCUUCGCAGGUAAUCUUAAAGUAUGAUUGUCCGGGUUACUCAGUUCAACAAAUAUUGCUUCAGUCUUUAUCAGAUUCAUUUGAUCAGUUGGAAAUUAAUUGCUUAUUAUGAUUUGGACAUUUGGACUUGGGAAGUGUUCUUUAGUUGUGACUGGUCUGUUUUUCUAUAGCGGUAAAGGUAUAGCUGUAGACCGUUUAGUUUGGUUCAUUGAUCUUGUCAAUAUGCUGUUGAUAUCUUUUGAGAGGGGAGAGGAAUCAGUUUUAACUUUUCCAGCUUUUCAGAGUCAGACGUUUGAAAUAUUGUGGUUGUAGAAUUUGACCGGUCUAAGGUAUUCUUUUCUCUUCUCAGCUGAUACCAAAGAAACUGGAGCCGGGUCUGGGAAGAGCUCCAUCUCCUCUGGCAGUGGGGUACUGGUGCCCAAUGUGGAUGACAAAGAUGUGGAUUGGGACGAUGGCGAUGAUGAUUUGGAUUUUAACGAGGAGAUGUCCGAAGAGGAAGUCAAAAGAAUAAUGGAAAGUAUGGCUAAUAAGAAACAAACUGCUGACGAUGGUGCUGCGGAUCUUGAUGUGAGUCAAUGGUUUAAAAUAGGUCUUAUAAAA